ACCGCAUUUCGUUCGUUCGUUCGUUUUAAUGGUUUUAUUACGACACACAAAUGUAAACUUUGGCAUUAGGAAGGCUAGGCUUUCGAAAAAGACCUUUGACGCUUUUCAAGUGCCAACUGUUUUUCUUGUUUUUUGUCGUCAUGGCAACGCUUCUGUGGUGGUGUGAUGGAGGAGGGAGCAGUUUACUGCACACCGACGCUGACAUCGAAAAAGAAAAGGCGCGCACAAGAAAAGCUGCUGCGUUCGCCCGUGGCGUGUGCCCUCCUGCCAGCCAUUAGCCUGCUGGCAGUGCCAGGAGCCAGCCUGGAGCCAGCCCGCCCAAACAUGUCGGGGCCCUCGCCGGGCAAGACCUCUCGCUUUCCUAUUGCUGUGGAUAUUCCUGUUCCACCAGAGCGACGAACGUCAGCUAUCAAUAUCGUCACUAACCCCAGCUUUGAUGGUGGCUUGGAACAGCCCCAAGAAGAAGCUCUUUAUUCUACAAUUCAGCCAAAACACGAGUGUGGAUCUAGUCCUGGAACACCACCUCCCCCCCUGCCUCCAAAACAGCUUGAGGUUCUCUACACCAAGCCUAUUAAGCCAAAGAAAUCUAAAUCAAGGGAAGGGUCUCGAGGCUCCAAGGAUUUUGGAAAUGGAAAGGAUGGCCCUCAACUCUGGAAACUGCACAUAUCGCAAGAGAGCCCCCCAAAGCCUUCACAGAGCUCCUCUGGGUGCAAUUGUCAGCAGUUGGCAUCAUUACUCCAGGACAACUAUGCUAUGAAGCAUGAACUGCUAACCUACAAGGAUCGGAUAAAAUCCCUUACGACUAAACUAAAACAGUUUGAAGGAAUAUCGGAAGUCAUGAAGGAGCUUCAACAGAGUGUUGAAAGGGUAUCAGAAGAAAAUAAAAGGCUCAAGCAGUAUGAGAAAUGCAUUACAGAGGCCAAGACUACAGAACAAGAGAAGCAUGACCUUUUUGAGCAGCUCAAGGACGCACAGUCACAGUACAAGUAUGAUGUGGACCACCUGAGCCAGCAGGUGAGCCAGCUGGAGCGUGAGAAGCAAGAGCUGGAAGGGGCCUUAGCCAAGUUACAGCAGGAGCAUGACCAGCUGCUCAUCUCCACUCAGAACUCUGUCUCCUUCCAGUUCCACACAACAGCUAUGCUUGAAGUCAAGAGGCUUUUAGAAGAGCUCAAACAAAAGUACCAAAAUGACAAGGAAAAUCUCACAGUUAAGGUCCAGCUGGCCGAACAAGAACGGCAGGAGCUGAAACAGCAGCUGGUACAGCUGGAAGAAGAAGUGGGAUGGCUACGGAGUGACCAUAGUGCUCUCUCAGGUGCCUACCGCCGAGCUGUUCGCCAAAACCACACAUUAGUCACCCAUCUUCGUGAACUUCAGGAUGAUGACUCUGAGAUGCACUCACUCCUGUCAUCACUUCUUGUCACUGCUCACCAAGUAGUUUCUGAACGAGACAGCUUAGAAAUAAAGAACGAGGAAAAGGAGAAAGAAUGCCAACGCAUGUUGGAACUCCUUGGACAGCAUAAUGUGGAUAUAGAUCAGUUGAACAAAUAUCUCAAGAGCAUGCAGGACCAAACAGAGGAUGAGAAGUACAAAGCAAAGCUUAGGCGAGAAGUAGAGGGAAACCUUCAGGAAGAAUAUGAACAGCAGAUAUCUCACCUGCACACAAAGGUGGAGCAGAAGCAGCAAGAACUAGAAAGCGUUCAUAGAGAAAAAAGGUGUUACAAAAACAGUAAAGCUCUGCUCAGACACAUCAUCCACUCGUGGUAGUUCUCACCAUCAUCCUGUUUACCAUCAUUGGAAGCAGUUUGCAGGGAAGCUGGAGAGAGAGCUCGAGCAGCUGUGGCAGGUAUUUGCCCAUGAAACUGAACUUAAGGCAUUGCCAGGUGACACAGCACAAGCUUUUGCUCUUCAUCAGCUUGCAUCACAAAACUAAACCUGUGCAAUUUACAGUAAUAUGAAAGCAAUCCAAUGUGGGCCUUUCUCACAACUGUGUGUUCUUGGCAUGUGAUUUUAAGCAUUCAAUGCUGAUCUACAGUUGAAUAUAUUGUUUACAAAAACUAAACAAAAAACUGUUGAAAUACUUACUGCAGCUGAAAGUACUAAAAGACAGCUAGCACAGUUACAACAGUGAACUGGCACUGCUAAAUGUAUGUUGGGCAUAUACCUUGCUUCAUGUCAGCCAGACGGGAAGCUUGACAUGUGCUACAGAUGCCAUGAUCCAGGACUUUAGUGAGGGAAGUUGGUAGCACAAAACAACGUAAACCCUGGAAAUAACCUUCCAGCCUUUAUUAGAUGAACACCAGACCAUGAAUUUCCUUGUAGAUUGUGUGGAUGAGUCUGCGUACGUGUACACUCGGUACCUCUGUAUGCUCCUUUGCACAAAUGAUGUACUGUCGCGCUCAGUACGACUUGCAAAACGGGAGCACGUGGCCCCGCAAGCUCUAACAUUGCGCACAGCUUCAAAUUGUUCUUUUUCGCACAACUAAUGAUAUGAUCUCAUUUGGGAUCCCCAAUUGAGAGAACUGUGUGUAGUUGGGGAAAUAAGGGCUAGCGGAAGCUAUGUGCAAUGUUUAAGCUAGUGAGGCCACAUGUUCCCGUGCUGCAAGUCAUACUGAGCGCAACUGUACAGUUAUGCAAAGGUCUGUCUUAUCUAAAUUUAUUGUCUUAAGGAAAACCAUGUUACGGACUGCCAAAACAUACUUUGGCACCUUAUUGUGUAUUAUUACAAUUGUAACAUAGCAUUUAUUGCACACAUGAAUGUUCCCCUUCGAAAACAUUGUUUGAAAAGAGUAAUGUGCAUCAAAUGUUUUAAAAAGAAUAGCAUCUCCCUGGCAGCAGAUGGUGCUAUGUUGCUAUAGUGCACUUUGAUUUACAUGAACAAGACAAACAGUACGACACAAUGAAUAAUGAUUUCAGAUAAAGCAUGCUUGCAACAAUCGCCCCUGUUCAUUUUCAGAGCAACAAUGCAGUAUAUUAGGAAUAAAACUUGUGUUCCCUUCCGAUAACAAUGGUCAUAAUUUGGCCAAGCACAGGACCAACUAUCCUCUCUCAACAAUACUGUCAGCAUUAAGCAAAAAUAAUUGCAACAACUGUAUGCUACAUAAACAAGUGCAGAAACUAACACUGCAUAGGCAUUGUAGUGGUUACGUUGGCUUUCCUAAUGAACAUUGGAGUUUAACAUGAUGGCACUCCGCACUUACUUCCAUAUAAAAAAAAAGCAAUAGGUGCUUUAAGCAGCACACUAUUUCAGUUUCAAUCCAUUUCAACUCGACAGUAUACACCUUUCUACUCACCAUGGGAAUGGUGAGCAGAAAGAUGUAUACAGUAAUGCCAAUUCACACCAUAAAAAGUAAUGCCCCAAAAGAAUACAAACCAUAAAUUAGCAGAUAUGUCAACCUGACAAAGCUGAACAGAAUAAUAACAAUCUGCAAGCUCCUUUUUGUGCAGCAGUGUUUCCAGAGACUUCCUGCUCGUUUAUACUGUCUGUACUGCACUCAUAUUAUCACAAACUUACCUCUGUUAUUUGCUUUUUUGUUGUAUCUUUGAAGACUGCCAUGUCAUUUUUCACCUAAAAAAAAGCACUAGGCACUUUGAGAAGCUAACUGAAUUCAGUUUCAACCCGGUUUAGCACCAGAAUGCAGAAGUAUAAAAAAUUAUAUUGUGGACAAAAAAUAAGAUGGCCCAGCAUUUUAUUUGCAGCAGAAUUGAAAUAGGGGUAUUAUAAUUUUCCUGCAAUUCUCCAAUUGAACGUGCUGCAUUGGCAUCAUUUCCUGGUAUUAGUUGGCAUGCUUGAAUGUCGGGUGUAGCACAAUGCCCCAGAGGACAGUGGAAUCGUGCGAUUUAACACUGCCACUGUGUGUGUUGGAGUUGCCAAGAAGUGGCAGUAUGGGAGCGUUAGGCAAAGCGAGAAUGCUGACAAGAUUUUGGGAGCAGGAAAUAGCUGCAAGCAACCUAUGAUGUCAAGCAUUCCAUUAAAAUUUUGAUCUUUUUACGCAAACAGUACAACAGCACGACAAAAAGACCCUUCUUAUUUCCAUGCCUGUCUGAAAACUGAUGCAUAAAUUACAGUAAAACUGCAUAAGCAAGUUCGCACCCUUUGGAUGUAUAUAUACUAGGAGUCCAUUUGAUGGCUCAUGGCCUCGUUCAAAUGGGAGCUGCCAAGUUACAUGUACUAUCGUGGCUGGCUGUUUUUAGCAACUGCUACCACAGAGGUAGCAUUGCAGUACCGUGUUGUGUUCCACCACUUCAUAUGUGCAAACUUCUAGUCGACCUACAACGUGGAGGUGUUGAAAGACGCGAGAAACAAAAGUUACAAAUUAUGCCUACAAGUUUAUUUGAAUGAUGUAUACUUGCAAAUAGCAAAUUCGGGGCUUUAGCACACAUAUUGAGUACAUCAGCUGUCAAACACGCCCACCAGCUUUUGCCACAUGAAAACUAUCACAAAACCCCCUUAAAAGCUUUACUUUAAAAAUCUGCAUUCACAUGCAGCUGUAACCAAUAAUGGGCUUUCUAGAGCUAGGCACUCAUGGUUUUUCUAUUUAUUGAAGUUGGAAGCCUUUGCUUGCAUGUCUGUUUCUUCAUGUUCUGGUCAUAUUGUGCAGCUUCCUUAAUAGUAGUCGACCAUUUUUAUGAAGGAACCAGAAAUGUUGCAGUUUGUAAAUAAAAGUUUUGCCAAGGUUAGAACCACAUAGGCACUCGGGGUAGUGGUAGCAUUUACUUAUACGGCAUUACAGAAUAACAACCUCAAGGAGCAAACUGGCAUGCCUUGGCCAUCUUGCAGCCAUUGAAUUUGGUUCCUUAUGCUGUGCGGGGAGAGAGCUUUGAACUGAACAGUGUUCAUUUUCCCAUGUUGCAUUUGUCGCAUCCCAUUCCCCCAUUAGGACACCUUGGGACUGAAGUGCAAUUCAGCACUUUAUGCAAGUGAUGUGCACCCAGUGACUUUAUUUUAUACUUGUUCACAUGAACGAUGAAUAAACAUUCUUUCUCACCUCGA